CUUCCUGGCGUGGAAUUCCUGUCACAGGCCCGAGUUAUUCCAGGUUCCACCGCCUGAACAUCCCCUGACGGCAGCGUAAGUCGGCUGAGACUCCUCACUGAGCCCGAACCUACACCUCCCCUGCUGUGGCCUUGCCCGGCGCCCCGAGAGUGACUUUGUCUGACUUCUUCCCGGUGGCGCGCCGGGCCGCCGCCGCAGCGUCGUUGGCGCCAGUGCAUUGGGGCCGCCGCGCGCGCCCAGGUGCGGGCCGCGUUACCUCCGCAGACGCGGGAGAGCGAACGAGCUGCGCGGGCCCAGGACCCUCCCUCUCCCGGUCGUCCGGCGGGCGCGUUCGCCUUUUCGUGUGAUAGUCAUCGGAGACUUUUCCGUUACAGCAGGCUCAACAAAAGAUUGUAAUUCCAGCAGCUCUCUUUGGGAAGGCACCACCGCGGCUCGGGCCGGCGGCGAGGCCAGGGCCCGGCCCGGGGGCGGCGGCUGCCGGGCGGCGGGGACGGCCGCGGGCCGUGCGGGGCCGGCAGGGGGCCGCGGGGCCGGCCAGGCUCCCCCGCGCCCCUCCUCGUGGUACGGCCUGCGUUUCCUCUACAAUGCUGUUAUGCUAAUCGGGUGACAUCACCGCCCAGCACACGGCGAGUGGCUCCUGAUAAAAUUACAAACCGGCGGCCGCCGCGGGCAGCCGGGAAGAGGUGUGCGUGCUGCGCCCGCGAGCUCCCGGGCUCGGCAACCGUGGCGUGCUUAGGAUUGGCCAUAUUUAAAAAUUCUUUAGUAGAACCUGCGACGCCUCUGUGCUUCUCUCCCUCCUUUCCUCAGUAGUUUAUUUCGGGCUUCCAGGCGAGGGCCACGGAAGGAGAGGAAGCUCCAAGGAAUUAGAUGCCUGUGUGGUAACUCCUUGCCGGGCUAAGGCGGACUCUUCCUGCAGCCGACUACCUAUCAGACCACCCGCUGGGCUUGCCGACCGGGAUGGGGCUCGCCUGAGGAGCCGAGCGCUGCGGAGGCUGCUGCGUGUUGGAUGGGACUGGGAGAGGGCUGGAGCGGGAUUUCCAGGGCGCAGUCUGCGGGGUGUUACGCCGGGCAUAAUGGAAUUGCAGAGGACGUCUAGCAUCUCCGGGCCGCUGUCGCCGGCGUACACGGGGCAGGUGCCUUACAACUACAACCAGCUGGAAGGCAGAUUCAAGCAGCUCCAAGAUGAGCGUGAAGCCGUGCAGAAGAAGACCUUCACCAAGUGGGUCAAUUCCCACCUUGCCCGAGUGUCUUGCCGGAUCACAGACCUGUACACAGACCUUCGAGAUGGACGGAUGCUCAUCAAGCUGCUGGAGGUCCUAUCUGGAGAGAGGCUGCCUAAACCCACCAAGGGACGAAUGCGCAUCCACUGCCUAGAGAAUGUGGACAAGGCCCUUCAGUUCCUGAAGGAGCAGAGAGUCCAUCUCGAGAACAUGGGGUCCCAUGACAUCGUGGAUGGAAACCACCGGCUGACCCUUGGCCUCAUCUGGACCAUCAUCCUGCGCUUCCAGAUCCAGGAUAUCAGUGUGGAAACUGAAGACAACAAAGAGAAGAAAUCUGCCAAGGAUGCAUUGCUGUUGUGGUGCCAGAUGAAGACAGCUGGGUACCCCAACGUCAACAUUCACAAUUUCACCACUAGCUGGAGGGACGGCAUGGCCUUCAAUGCACUGAUACACAAACACCGGCCUGACCUGAUAGAUUUUGACAAACUAAAGAAAUCCAACGCACACUACAACCUGCAGAAUGCAUUUAAUCUGGCAGAGCAGCACCUUGGCCUCACUAAACUGUUGGAUCCCGAAGACAUCAGCGUGGACCACCCUGAUGAGAAGUCCAUAAUCACUUACGUGGUGACUUAUUACCAUUACUUCUCUAAGAUGAAGGCUUUGGCUGUUGAAGGAAAACGAAUUGGAAAGGUCCUUGACAAUGCUAUUGAAACAGAAAAAAUGAUUGAAAAGUAUGAAUCACUUGCCUCUGACCUUCUGGAAUGGAUUGAACAAACCAUCAUCAUUCUGAACAAUCGCAAAUUUGCCAAUUCACUGGUUGGGGUUCAACAGCAACUUCAGGCUUUCAACACUUACCGCACUGUGGAGAAACCACCCAAAUUUACUGAGAAGGGGAACUUGGAAGUGCUGCUCUUCACCAUUCAGAGUAAGAUGAGGGCCAACAACCAGAAGGUCUACAUGCCCCGGGAGGGGAAGCUCAUCUCUGACAUCAACAAGGCCUGGGAAAGACUGGAAAAAGCGGAACAUGAAAGAGAACUGGCUUUGCGGAAUGAGCUCAUAAGACAGGAGAAACUGGAACAGCUCGCCCGCAGAUUCGAUCGCAAGGCAGCUAUGAGGGAGACUUGGCUGAGCGAAAACCAGCGUCUGGUGUCUCAGGACAACUUUGGAUUUGACCUUCCCGCAGUUGAGGCCGCCACCAAAAAGCACGAGGCCAUUGAGACAGACAUUGCCGCAUACGAGGAGCGUGUGCAGGCUGUGGUAGCUGUGGCCAGGGAGCUUGAGGCUGAGAAUUACCACGACAUCAAGCGCAUCACAGCGAGGAAGGACAAUGUCAUCCGGCUCUGGGAAUAUCUACUGGAACUGCUCAGGGCCCGGAGACAGCGGCUCGAGAUGAACCUGGGGCUGCAGAAGAUAUUCCAGGAAAUGCUCUACAUUAUGGACUGGAUGGAUGAAAUGAAGGUGCUAGUAUUAUCUCAAGACUAUGGCAAACACUUACUUGGCGUGGAAGAUCUAUUACAGAAGCACACCCUGGUUGAAGCAGAUAUUGGCAUCCAAGCAGAGCGGGUGAGAGGUGUCAAUGCCUCCGCUCAGAAGUUCGCAACAGAUGGGGAAGGUUACAAGCCCUGCGACCCCCAGGUAAUCCGAGACCGCGUGGCCCACAUGGAGUUCUGUUAUCAAGAGCUUUGCCAGCUGGCGGCUGAGCGCAGGGCCCGUCUGGAAGAGUCCCGCCGCCUCUGGAAGUUCUUCUGGGAGAUGGCAGAAGAGGAAGGCUGGAUAAGGGAAAAGGAGAAGAUCUUAUCCUCUGAUGAUUACGGGAAAGACCUGACCAGCGUCAUGCGCCUGCUCAGCAAGCACCGGGCAUUUGAGGACGAGAUGAGUGGCCGCAGUGGCCACUUUGAGCAGGCCAUUAAGGAAGGCGAAGAUAUGAUCGCAGAGGAACACUUUGGGUCAGAGAAGAUCCGUGAGAGGAUCAUUUACAUCCGGGAGCAGUGGGCCAACCUGGAGCGACUCUCAGCCAUUCGGAAGAAGCGCCUGGAGGAGGCCUCCCUGCUGCACCAGUUCCAGGCGGAUGCUGAUGACAUUGACGCCUGGAUGCUGGAUAUCCUCAAGAUUGUCUCCAGCAGCGACGUGGGCCACGACGAGUAUUCCACACAGUCUCUGGUCAAGAAACACAAGGACGUGGCGGAAGAGAUCGCCAAUUACAGGCCCACCCUUGACACGCUGCACGAGCAAGCCAACGCCCUCCCCCAGGAGCAUGCCGAGUCUCCAGACGUGAGGGGCAGGCUGUCAGGCAUUGAGGAGCGGUAUAAGGAGGUGGCAGAGCUGACGCGGCUGCGGAAGCAGGCACUCCAGGACACCCUGGCCCUGUACAAGAUGUUCAGCGAGGGUGAUGCCUGUGAGCUCUGGAUUGACGAGAAGGAGCAGUGGCUCAACAACAUGCAGAUCCCAGAGAAGUUGGAGGACCUGGAGGUCAUCCAGCACAGAUUUGAGAGCCUAGAACCAGAAAUGAACAACCAGGCUUCUCGGGUUGCAGUGGUGAACCAGAUUGCACGCCAGCUGAUGCACAGCAGCCACCCAAGUGAGAAGAAAAUCAAAGCCCAGCAGGACAAACUCAACACGAGGUGGAGCCAGUUCAGAGAACUGGUUGACAGGAAGAAGGAUGCCCUCCUGUCUGCUCUGAGCAUCCAGAACUACCAUCUCGAGUGCAACGAAACCAAAUCCUGGAUUCGGGAAAAGACCAAGGUCAUCGAGUCCACCCAGGACUUGGGCAAUGACCUGGCCGGCGUCAUGGCCCUGCAGCGCAAGCUGACCGGCAUGGAGCGGGACUUGGUGGCCAUUGAGGCAAAGCUAAGUGACCUGCAGAAGGAGGCGGAGAAGCUGGAGUCCGAGCACCCCGACCAGGCCCAGGCCAUCCUGUCUCGGCUGGCCGAGAUCAGCGACGUGUGGGAGGAGAUGAAGACCACCCUGAAAAACAGAGAGGCCUCCCUGGGAGAGGCCAGCAAGCUGCAGCAGUUCCUGCGGGACUUGGACGACUUCCAGUCCUGGCUCUCCAGGACCCAGACAGCAAUCGCCUCAGAAGACAUGCCCAACACGCUGACUGAGGCUGAGAAGCUGCUCACACAGCACGAGAACAUCAAGAAUGAGAUUGACAACUAUGAGGAGGACUAUCAGAAGAUGAGGGACAUGGGCGAGAUGGUCACCCAGGGGCAGACUGAUGCCCAGUACAUGUUUCUACGGCAGCGGCUGCAGGCCCUGGACACUGGAUGGAAUGAGCUCCACAAGAUGUGGGAGAACAGACAAAAUCUUCUCUCCCAGUCACAUGCCUACCAGCAGUUCCUCAGAGACACGAAGCAAGCCGAAGCCUUUCUUAACAACCAGGAGUAUGUUCUGGCUCACACUGAAAUGCCUACCACCUUGGAAGGAGCUGAAGCAGCAAUUAAAAAGCAAGAGGACUUCAUGACCACCAUGGACGCCAACGAGGAGAAGAUCAACGCUGUGGUGGAGACUGGCCGGAGACUGGUGAGCGAUGGGAACAUCAACUCAGACCGCAUCCAGGAGAAGGUGGACUCUAUUGACGACAGACAUAGGAAGAAUCGUGAGACAGCCAGUGAACUUUUGAUGAGGUUGAAGGACAACAGGGAUCUACAGAAAUUCCUGCAAGAUUGUCAAGAGCUAUCUCUCUGGAUCAAUGAGAAGAUGCUUACAGCCCAGGACAUGUCUUACGAUGAAGCCAGAAAUCUGCACAGUAAAUGGUUGAAGCAUCAAGCAUUUAUGGCAGAACUCGCAUCCAACAAAGAAUGGCUUGACAAAAUCCAGAAGGAAGGAAUGCAGCUCAUUUCAGAAAAGCCUGAGACAGAAGCUGUGGUGAAGGAGAAACUCACUGGUUUACAUAAAAUGUGGGAAGUCCUUGAAUCCACUACCCAGACCAAGGCCCAGCGGCUCUUUGAUGCAAACAAGGCUGAACUUUUUACCCAGAGCUGUGCAGAUCUAGACAAAUGGCUGCACGGCCUGGAGAGUCAGAUUCAAUCUGAUGACUACGGCAAAGACCUGACCAGUGUCAAUAUCCUGCUGAAAAAGCAACAGAUGCUGGAGAACCAGAUGGAAGUGCGGAAGAAGGAGAUCGAAGAGCUCCAAAGCCAAGCCCAGGCCCUGAGUCAGGAAGGGAAGAGCACCGACGAGGUGGACAGCAAGCGCCUCACUGUGCAGACUAAGUUCAUGGAGUUGCUGGAACCCUUGAAAGAGAGGAAGCAUAACCUGCUGGCCUCCAAAGAGAUUCACCAGUUCAACAGGGAUGUGGAGGACGAGAUCUUGUGGGUUGGAGAGAGGAUGCCUUUGGCAACUUCCACGGAUCAUGGCCACAACCUCCAGACUGUGCAGCUGUUAAUAAAGAAAAACCAGACCCUUCAGAAAGAAAUCCAGGGGCACCAGCCUCGCAUUGACGACAUCUUUGAGAGGAGCCAAAACAUCGUCACAGAUAGCAGCAGCCUCAAUGCUGAGGCCAUCAGACAGAGGCUUGCCGAUCUGAAGCAGCUGUGGGGUCUCCUCAUCGAGGAGACUGAGAAACGCCACAGGCGGCUGGAGGAAGCGCACAGGGCCCAGCAGUACUACUUUGAUGCUGCUGAGGCCGAAGCCUGGAUGAGCGAGCAGGAGCUGUACAUGAUGUCAGAGGAAAAGGCCAAGGAUGAGCAGAGCGCUGUCUCCAUGUUGAAGAAGCACCAGAUUUUAGAACAAGCUGUGGAGGACUAUGCAGAGACUGUGCAUCAGCUCUCCAAGACCAGCCGGGCCCUGGUGGCCGACAGCCAUCCUGAAAGUGAACGCAUUAGCAUGCGGCAGUCCAAAGUGGAUAAACUGUACGCUGGUCUGAAAGACCUUGCUGAAGAGAGGAGAGGCAAGCUGGAUGAGAGACACAGGUUAUUCCAGCUCAACCGGGAGGUAGACGACCUGGAGCAGUGGAUCGCUGAGAGGGAGGUGGUCGCAGGGUCCCAUGAACUGGGACAGGACUAUGAGCAUGUCACGAUGUUACAAGAACGAUUCCGGGAAUUUGCCCGAGAUACUGGGAACAUUGGGCAGGAGCGCGUGGACACAGUCAAUCACAUGGCAGAUGAGCUCAUCAACUCUGGACAUUCGGAUGCCGCCACCAUCGCUGAAUGGAAGGAUGGCCUCAACGAAGCCUGGGCCGACCUCCUGGAGCUCAUUGACACAAGAACACAGAUUCUUGCCGCUUCCUAUGAACUGCACAAGUUUUACCAUGAUGCCAAGGAGAUCUUUGGGCGUAUACAGGACAAACACAAGAAACUCCCUGAGGAGCUUGGGAGAGAUCAGAACACAGUGGAGACCUUACAGAGAAUGCACACUACAUUUGAGCAUGACAUCCAGGCUUUGGGCACACAGGUGAGGCAGCUGCAGGAGGACGCAGCCCGCCUCCAGGCAGCCUAUGCGGGUGACAAGGCCGACGACAUCCAGAAGCGCGAGAACGAGGUCUUGGAAGCCUGGAAGUCCCUGUUGGAUGCCUGUGAGAGCCGCAGGGUGCGGCUGGUGGACACGGGGGACAAGUUCCGCUUCUUCAGCAUGGUGCGCGACCUCAUGCUCUGGAUGGAGGAUGUCAUCCGGCAGAUCGAGGCCCAGGAGAAGCCAAGGGAUGUGUCAUCUGUUGAACUCUUAAUGAAUAAUCAUCAAGGCAUCAAAGCUGAAAUUGACGCACGUAAUGACAGUUUCACAACCUGCAUUGAACUUGGGAAAUCCCUGUUGGCGAGAAAACACUAUGCAUCUGAGGAGAUCAAGGAAAAGUUACUGCAGUUGACAGAAAAGAGGAAAGAAAUGAUCGACAAGUGGGAAGACCGAUGGGAAUGGUUAAGACUGAUUCUGGAGGUCCAUCAGUUCUCAAGAGACGCCAGUGUGGCCGAGGCCUGGCUGCUUGGACAGGAGCCGUACCUAUCCAGCCGAGAGAUAGGCCAGAGCGUGGACGAGGUGGAGAAGCUCAUCAAGCGCCAUGAGGCAUUUGAAAAGUCUGCAGCAACCUGGGAUGAGAGGUUCUCCGCCCUGGAAAGGCUGACUACAUUGGAGUUACUGGAAGUGCGCAGACAGCAAGAGGAAGAGGAGAGGAAGAGGCGGCCGCCUUCUCCUGAGCCGAGCACGAAGGUUUCAGAGGAAGCUGAGUCCCAGCAGCAGUGGGAUACUUCAAAAGGAGAACAAGUUUCCCAAAACGGUUUGCCGGCUGAACAGGGAUCUCCACGGAUGGCAGAUACGGUGGAUACAAGUGAAAUGGUCAACGGCGCUACAGAACAGAGGACAAGCUCUAAAGAGUCCAGCCCCAUCCCCUCCCCGACCUCUGACCGCAAAGCCAAGACUGCCCUCCCAGCCCAGAGUGCUGCCACCUUACCAGCCAGAACCCAGGAGACGCCUUCGGCCCAGAUGGAAGGCUUCCUCAAUCGGAAGCACGAGUGGGAGGCCCACAAUAAGAAAGCCUCAAGCAGGUCCUGGCACAAUGUUUAUUGUGUCAUAAAUAACCAAGAAAUGGGUUUCUACAAAGAUGCAAAGACUGCUGCUUCUGGAAUUCCCUACCACAGUGAGGUUCCUGUGAGUUUGAAAGAAGCUGUCUGCGAAGUAGCCCUUGAUUACAAAAAGAAGAAACACGUAUUCAAGCUAAGACUAAAUGAUGGCAAUGAGUACCUCUUCCAAGCCAAAGACGAUGAGGAAAUGAACACAUGGAUUCAGGCCAUCUCUUCCGCCAUCUCCUCUGAUAAACAUGAGGUGUCCGCCAGCACCCAGAGCACGCCAGCAUCCAGCCGGGCGCAGACCCUCCCCACCAGCGUCGUCACCAUCACCAGCGAGUCCAGUCCCGGCAAGCGGGAGAAGGACAAAGAGAAAGACAAAGAGAAGCGGUUCAGCCUUUUUGGCAAAAAGAAAUGAACUCCUUUCCUUUACCUCCUGCCCUUCUCUUACCUUUUCAGUGAAAUUCCAGCAUGCAAGCUCAGAACCAACACAUUACUCUCUGUGCCUAAUGUUCCUCAAUGUGUUUGAUUUUUUUUUUUUUUUUUUUAAUUUAUAGAGCAUUUCUGGGGGGUGGGGGAAACAUACCUAAAUACUUUAUCUCCAAGUUACAAAAGUUUGAGGUGCAGAGGGAAGGCCAGAUUUUUUUUAAAUGAAAUUAUAUAGAUUAGAUCUCAAUAUUUAAACUGUUCCUCAAUUUUGUGAGGCUGUGUUGGAAAUAACCCGCCUCUAGUGCUGUUGGUAUGCAAGGCAGCGGUGCUUAAACAAUAUUUCCCGUGCUCACCAGAGACAAAACGUACCAAUAUCCUGACACCGUUCUCUCUCCAUUUACUUCCGGUGGUUACCCUGAGUCUUGACUAUUAGAAGUGCCCUCGAUGGGUCUAACCUUUAUAAAACAGAUCACAUAUUAUGAUCUCGCUGCAGCCACAGUGCAGCUCCACAUUAACACUACAGACCAAACCAUUUGUAUCUGGCAUCACUUACUAACACACGACAUGCAGCUUUUCUGCAUCAACUGCUACGACGGUUAAGAAUGUCAGUAUACAAGAAGGAAGAGAAAACUGAUACUGUUUUAAAUAAUCUGUAAUUUCAAUUUUUUUUUUUUUUUGCUGAAAUACAUUAUAUUGUAUGUUUGAGAUAAUUCUAGUACAAAGUAUAAUAAAACUAGAUGUAUAAUAAACCCUUUAAAUCAUUGGUAAGUGUACAAGUGGUGGAACUGAAGCAUUUACUGGACAAAGUAAUGUUACUCUAAUGGUUACUUGCUCGUGCGUUGCCACACUGUUUUAUAAUUUGCUUCAUUUCCUUGCUAUUUGAUACAUAGUGUGCAUUUCUCUGUCACUGUAACUAUUGUAAUGACAAAUUUUCAUCUUACUGCACAAUCAAAAUGACAUUGAUAGGAAUGAACUCCAGAGGCUGGGCCUGAACAGGGAGGUGGUCGCUCAGGCCUGGUGCUCAGUCGUACGACCUGUACCUCUCAACUUUUGCCCUAUCUGUUAAAUAUAUGCUAUGUCAUUAAAUGCUUUUAAAUCUA